AUGCUGCGGAUCUCGGCGCGCAGAUACAAACAGAGCGCAAGCGCUGCGGGCACCAAGUGGAAGGGCAGCGACAGCCCAGCCACAUACUACAGAAAGAUAAGCCUAAAAUGGGAAGAAACAAAUGUAUCGCUACACGUAUUCGACCUAGUCCCAGCAAAUAAAAGCAAUGCAGAAAUGCUGGAAAUGAAAAAUAUGAACAUAAUUAGAGACAUGUCCAAGACGAAUUACGAUUUUGCCAUUUUCGGAAUAGGCUAUGUAGACUACGAUAAAAUUUUGAGGUCUUUCAACAGAGCAGAAUUGGUUAGGAGAAAAAUGAUUGACUCUAUUCAUUCCAAUUUGAAAAAAGUAAACGGUCAGUACAUUUCGCUCAUCCAACAAUGUCUCCUUUUGAAUGUUCCUCACUUCUGCCUGGGUAGAGAUAGGCUAACCGAAUUGGCUAGUAUCGGCACGGCCAUUUUUAGCAACCCAAGGGAAAUAUUCUCCCUGGUGUACUACUUCCUCGUUAACAGUGAUAAGGCAGUUUCGGGCAGCUCGGACGUACCUCACUGUACUGAUGGACACGAAAAAAAAAAAGGCGACGUAGAAUUAAGCCUGGAGAAUAAUGCCCCCCAUUUUUACCACGCACUAGUUGCAGAAAAUGCCCUCUACUUAAUUUACAACUUGCAUGCAAUUCUGCUGAAAGUGUUCAGGUCCAAACUGUAUGUCCCCCCAAAUGGUGGCCAUCAAAAUGGAAGGAGCAAUAAGUACGAGACUAGCAAUUUAGAGAGAGCGGGUCUUAAAGAGAAGCUCCUUUCCUUCUUUAACGAAACUACGUAUGACCAAAUAAACUCUUUCAGAAAUCAAAUGAAAAAAACAGAGCUAUAUGCAGAGUAUGAAUUAAGUCCAGAAAAGAAAGAGGUCAAAAUUUUAGUCGUUUGUGAUGCCAUAUGUGUAGAUUAUUUUUGCAAUUAUGUAAAGAAAAAUUUACACUUGUGGAAAAAUGUUCAUCCUUUUUACCAUGAGAUAUUUGCACUGGAGAAGAAGAACGCCUACAAGUUUUCCCUUUCGUUGUUUCUGUUCAUUUUUGCCCCCGCUGCAUGGACAUUGACGCUGCUGCUACGGUACUUGUAUCACCUGUGGGUUGAGUACUUCACCAAGGGGAAGGUCAUCACUGUUGGGGGCGACGCAUUUUUCCAGGAUUCCAAACUGAUCGAUAUUAGCGGCGAUAAUCCUGAAAGGGAUAAAAACUACAGCGAGGUUCUCACCUCCCUGCACAAUGGCAAGCCCGAGUUUGAGACCGUCAGCCUGCUCGGCGGCUUCCUGCAGUGGUUUAAAAAUAAGAGCCGCAGUUAGGGUGUGAGGCGGGGUAGCAGUUUCGCGGUAGAGCAGUUCGGAGGUGCAGCUAUUUCGAUGCAGUUGCGGCACCUCUGCGGAUGUGCACCAUACAUGCCUGCCCUAAACAGUGUGAUCAUUUCUCCCACCCCCCUUAACAUUUUUUUUUUUUUUCGCAUUUUUGUGCACAUCACGAGAAGACCCCCUAAGCAGGCUGCGUCAUCGAAUAUGUACAUUUUGGAAAAGCAAAAGGGGGCUCCGUCAAUUGGCAGCACCCCCUGGCCGCUUCCCUGCUUCCCCCCUUUUCAGUAAGGACUCUUUAAUUUUGAACUGCGGACCGAUUGGCGUCGCCCGGUGCGUAGUUUCCAAUG